AUGAAAUAAUCAUAAUAAUCUUUAAAAGGCAUUCCCAACAUUAGAACCCAAUACUAUUUAUCCUCUUCCUUAGUAGGUUCUCAAAAUCCUCAAAAAAUCAAUAAAGGAAAAUCAACUUAUAUUGAUGAUACUAACAAGACAAAGGAAACUAAUUGUUAAAUAAAUGAAAAGAGUAAAUCACAAAGCAUAAUAACCUAUAAGAAAAUAAAUGUUAGCAGAGAUAAUCACAAAUCUGAUGAUUCACAAAUGCUGCCUUAAUUUAAGAAGGACAUAUUAAAAUCAAGAUAGUCUCAACAGGUUAUCCAAAAGACAAAGCAGUAAUAAAGAUCUGACUCUCCCUUGAUUCCUAUAGAUAGUUUACCUCACAUUGAGCCAUCAAAAAUUUCAACCAAAAAUGUAGGUAUAGUUUCUGCCUAUGCUGCCAAUACCCAUUAAGGAUUAAUUAGAACCUACAAUGAGGAUAGAGUAUCAAUAAUACUUAAUCUGAUGAAACCUGCUUCGAAUACAUUUGCAGGAUAAUGGCCUUAGAGUUCAUUUUUUGCCAUUUACGAUGGUCACGGUGGAGCUGCCUGUGCUGACUAUAUGAGAGACAAUUUGCAUUAAUAUAUAAUAAGGGAAGAUUGUUUUCCAUCAAACCCAAGAUUGGCUAUUUCGAGGGGAAUAGAAAAAGCUGAAAAAAACUACCUUUAACUAGCAGAUCAAAAAGUAUUAGAUAAAUCUGGUUCUUGUGCUGUUAUAGCCUUGAUUGUUGAUAAAGCCAUUUAUAUUGCCAAUAUUGGAGACUCUCGCGCAAUACUUUCUCAUUAGGGCAAAUGCUCAUCCAUCACAGUUGAUCAUAAACCUUCCUCAGAAAACGAGUAACAAAGAAUUACGAAGCUUGGUGGAUAAAUCUAUUAGGCUUAGAUUUAAGUUUCAAGUAGACUAGCGGUUUCAAGGACUUUAGGUGAUGCAGAAGCCAAAUUACCAAAGUAUGGUGGAAUUCAAGGAGUAAUCUCAGCUCAGCCUGAUAUAUUUCAAAUCACAGUUACUGAUCAAGAUUUCCUGAUUUUAGCUUGUGAUGGCAUUUUUGAUAAAAUGAAUAGUGAAGAAGUCAUCUCAAGUGCUUGGACUGUGAUCUCGAAUGAUGUUCAUCAUUUUGCUGGAAAAGCUGUUGAAAAUAUCAUGAGAUAAUCCAUGUCAAGAAAAACAGUUGAUAAUGUUACUGUUGUAUUGAUAGCCUUUCCAUAAUUAGAAAAAAAGUUUAAAUAACAAUAAUAAUGAUUCUUUUUAUUAUGCAGUUAUUGCAAUAGUUUUAUUUGUUUUUAUUAUGAGUUAAAAUAUAAA